AUGGAAUCACUUCAAGCCCUUCUUGCGGCCGCGGUGCAAGGCGGGUCGCCGAGUGAAAGAAGAGAACAAGAGGGGUUGCCACCCACGAAAAGACGCUUGAGGUACACGGAUAGGACAGAAGAGGAGCCUCCUAUGGAGCGAGAGUUGCUGAAUCCAACCCCCGUUGCGAUGGAGCAAAGAGAGCAGGGCCAAACCAAGAGGAGUCCCUUCACAGCACAAAUAUUAAAUGACGAACUCCCGGGAUCAUUUCCACCAGUCACGUAUGAAUAUCUGGGGACCACGGACCCAAAUGAACACCUAUGUAGGUUUAACAACACUUCAGACCUACAUCGUUUUUCGGAGGGGGUAAAAUGCAGAGUGUUCACUACCACUCUGGCGGGACUGGCUCAAACGUGGUUUAGCCAGCUGCGGCCCUCCUCAAUAGGCAGUUUUGAUCAACUCGCCUCUGUUUUCCUCGAUCAUUUUGCGAGCUUCAAAAAGCAGAAAAUGAGUAAUUUGACCCUCUUCGCGGUCAAACAACGGGAGGGAGAACAUCUACGAAGCUUCAUCAAGCGUUUCAUAACAGCGACGUUAGAAGUACCAAUAACUUCGGAGAAGGUCCUGAUCAACGCCCUAGCCCAGGGAUUGCGACUUGGAGAUUUCUUUACCUCCAUAUCCAAAAAUCCCCCUCUGUCGUUUAACGAUUUGCUAAGAAAGGCGGAGCGGUAUAUGAACGCGGAGGAGGCCGAGCAGGGCAAGGCUAUUGAUAAAGGGAUGGAUAAAAGGAAAGAAAGGAGGGAGGAGAAGAUGCAAAGACCUGUCUCAGCCAAAAAUGAGGGAUUAGUGGAGAGAAGAGUGGGCCCUCGAUUCGAAAAUUACGUCUCGUUGGUUGCGCCUCCUGCCGAAAUACUGAUGGCCAUCGAGAACCACCCCAAAUUGAAGUGGCCUCGUACUUACUCCGAUGUUCCCAAGAAAAAUCCCGUCGCGGGAAGUUUUUGUCGAUUUCAUAAUGAUUACGGGUACACCACGAACGAGUGCCAGCAUCUUAGGGACGAGAUAGAAAGGUUGAUUCGAGCAAAAAACUUGCCUGAGUUUGUCAAACCUGGACAGCCCUCGGCGAGCACGUUGGCCCCGCACGUUAGACCCGGUGUUAACCGAUCUGAAAAUACGCGAGAGAAGGCCGGCAAGAGAAAGGAGCAGCCCUCGACAGGAGGAUUCAUCCACAUGAUACACGGAGGACCUACGGGAGGUGAUUCAAAUAGGGCCCGGAGGGCCCAUCUAAGGCAAUUAAGGGAAACGGAAGAGCUGUUUGGGGAAGUGGAAGCGGCCGAUCUGGCAAGCCGAGCGAACUUGCAAGUAUUUUACGAGAUGGAAUCACAGCUCGCCGAGGUGCAGAGGGUGUCGCAAGUUCCUCCCAUCAUGUUUGGACGGGUGGAUGAGGAGGGGAUACAGCAACCUCAUACAGAUGCCCUGGUAAUCACAGCUAUGGUGGCCAACUUUGAUAUCGCACGAAUAUUAGUAGACACGGGAAGUUCUGCAGAUGUCAUCUUUUAUAGCUGUUUCAAACAGAUGAAUAUGAAUUUUGAGCUAAAAUAUGUGGAGACCAGCUUGAUGGGAUUCUCGGGCGAGACAAUUCAGGCCCUAGGAGAAGUCUGCCUUCCCAUCUCGUUGGGUAUGGAGCCCGUGCGAGCCACCAGGUCAAUAAAUUUUCUGGUGUUGGAUGUUCCUUCCACUUACAACAUAAUACUUGGUCGACCGUCCAUGAAUCUAUUUCGAGCUGUGGUAUCUACUUACCACAUAAAAUUAAAGUUCCCCAUGGGAGAUCAGAUCGGAGAGGUGCGAGGAGACCAAGAGACUGCGAGAAGAUGUUAUUACGAUGCAUUAAGGCGAACUGGGAGGAUAUACGCCAUUCACAGUGGGCGAACUAACAUGAUGGAAAAGGACGAGCCUCGUCCUGAAAUCGAUCCCGAUAAAGAGGACAGCCACGUACGACCCAUGGAGGAGUUGAUGACUGUGCAAUUAUGUGGUAAGGAUGCCACUCGCACAACCAGAAGCGGGAGAGACAUGGAUACUGCGAUGGCAGAACAAUUAACAUAA